AUGGCGAGCGCGGCGGUGGUGACGCAGGUCGUGGGCUUGGUCCUCGGCGUGGGCUGCGGAAGCGCGAUGGGGGCGGGGACGGCGGCGGCGGCGGCGGUGGAGGCGUGGAUGGAACGAACGAACGGGCGCGCGCGAACGCGGUCGAGGACGAGUGGGGAGAGCGUGCGGUGGGACGUCGCGAACGUGGACGAGGGUGACGUCGCGAGGGACGCGGGCGUGGGCGUGGCGACGUUCGCGGCGCUGAGUCGGGGAAAUUUGGGACGUCUACUUCCGAGCGACGUCUCGCGCGUGGGCGCUAACGCGACGCGGAGCGCGCCGGCGAGAGGGAGUGACUACGCGAGCGAAGCGCAGAAACGCGCGCUGCGGCGAUGGUUCAAGAAAUUUGGCUGCCAUCACUGCGGGAGCACGCGCGGGAAAGUCAUCGGCGACCACAUGCCGCCGAAUAAGCUGGCUUUCGGAAGCGGCGCGCGCGCGGCGGCGAAUCGCGGGGCGUCGCUCCCGCGACGAGUGUUUAACUUUGUCCGAGGCGUUCCUCUGCAACGCUUCUACCCCCAGUGCGAGGCGUGUUCGGCGCUGCAGAGCGCCGCCGUGCGCUCGGGCGCGACAAAACUCGUCGUCCACUCCGUCGGCGUGCGAUGCGCCGCGCUCGCCGGCGCCGCCGUGGGCGCGUCCGCGCUGCACUUUGACGAGAUGAAAAUAUUUGUGGAGCGCGCGUGCGAGCGCGCGCGCGGACUCCUUCGCGUCUGA